AUGGCAGACCAGCAGGAUGCAGUGAUCUUCCAGAAUGAUCAUGAUAUGUCAAAUACACAAAAUAAAGGACUUUUAAGGAAAGAUACAAAUAUAGAAGAAAGAUCCAAAAUAGAUGAAUAUUGUGCAUGUGUGCUUGAAGAAAGCCGAAACAAUUCUGUAACUUGUGAUAUCAUUGAUCAAAGCGGGGUUUCUGAGUUUUGCUCGCAAGUGAGGAAGAUGAAAAUGUGGCCAAGUUUUGAUCAUAUUUUUAAAGCUGCUAGAAGAGACAAUAAAUGGUAUCUAAGAUCACAACCUCUGAAAGGCGUAAAUAAAAUUUUAUUUGAAGAACAGAAAUUAAUUAAUAUUUCAAAGGCCAUGUAUAAAGGUUUGGUAAUUACCCCAAUUCCAAAAGGAGUUAUUGAAACAGCUGUCCAGACUAUAAUAAACAGUAACGACGUUCUUCCUGAGAUAUCUGAAUGUGUGAGUUUAACUCAACAAAUUAAUUUAAUCUAG